GGCUAUCUGAGCAGCGUUCUGGGUGCCAGGAACUGGUGGGGAGUAAAGUAGAGGGAAGGAGGAGACUGGAGGGGAUGAGAGGCUACAAAACAACAGGAGUCAUAUUGGAUAGGCAUUCCACCGCUUAGCUAUGGCUACAAAUGUAGAGAAGUGAGAGCGGACGUUUUUUUACUGACACGUUGAUUGGUUGACGUACACCGAAAUAAACUAGGAGCUGGUCCUGGAGUCGAGUUUUGGCUGAGGAAGUUCAACGUUACAGCGGCACGACUAGCCUUCCUAGCCAUUAACGUUUUCACCGGGGCGGUAUUUUUCCACCGACACAACGAAGACAGACAACAUGGUGUCCUGGAUGAUUUCGAGAAGCGUUGUGCUGUUUUUCGGGACUCUGUAUCCGGCAUACUACUCGUACAAAGCUGUCAAGACCAAAAACGUCAAGGAAUAUGUACGAUGGAUGAUGUACUGGAUUGUGUUUGCCCUCUACACUGUGGUGGAGACUAUCACCGACCUCACACUGACAUGGUUUCCUCUGUACUACGAGCUGAAGAUAGCCUUUGUGAUCUGGCUGCUGUCCCCCUACACAAGAGGAGCAAGUCUCAUUUACAGGAAGUGUCUGCACCCUCUGCUGUCCUCCAAAGAGAGGGAAAUAGAUGAGUAUAUCGUGCAGGCCAAAGAGAGGAGCUACGAGACCAUGGUGAACUUUGGCAAGCAGGGACUGAGCAUCGCUGCCACCGCCGCCGUCACUGCAGCCGUCAAGGGUCAGGGCGCCAUCACAGAGAAGCUCCGUAGCCUGAGUAUGCACGACCUCACACAGAUUAGCCAGCAGGACAACGGAGAAGGAAACCCACUCUACCAGUACAGCUCCCGCUCAGCCAACCCCGCCAUCAGGAGGUCUCAGAGCACCGACGCUGCCGACGGAGAUGACUACUUUCAUGACCAGGAUGAGAGGACUGACGAAGAGGCUGAGCCGAUCUACUCUGAAGACGAGGCCGUCACUCAGAAAGGUCUGAGACGAUCGCAGAGUGUCAAGAUCACGCGAUCCAAAGUCCGCAGAGACGCUCGUUACGGAUCCUUGAAGAUUAAAGGCAAGAAGAGGCCGGCGUUGAGCUCUGUGAACUACGGCGUGUGACAAGACUGCAGCGAGCACACACACACACACACACACACACACACACACACACACACACACAUUCACGCCUCGCACACCAGCGUGCUGAUUGGUGGAUGGUGUUCCAGCUCUUCUCCGUCUUGACUUUCCACUCUGCUGAGCUCUUUUUAUGUCUCGGAUGAUGAGCUUCCUUCUGACAUAAUUAUUGCGCAAUUCAUCCAAAACCAGCGACGCCACCAGAACCUAUUCUCUGGGAACUUUUGAUGUCUUUCUUUGGGUUUAGUGGCGUACAUUUUCACAUGGACUUUCAUUUGUUGUUCAUUCGAAUUGUAGUCGUGACGUUAUCGUGCAGUCUUUGUCUUACUUUCUAAUGAGGCAACCUUUACUAAAGACCUCAUGAAUUUUAACUAAUGGCUUAACGAAUAGGGAAAUUAUUUGAUGUGGUUGCUUUGACUUUGUAGUUUUUGUUUGUUGGGGAGGCCCUCUCAACAUCUGCAUCCAACAGCUUAAUAACAUUACACCUGUUGAUUAUUAUAUAGUGGCAUUUACAUUGUGUCCACUUGGGGGCAGCACACGCUAAAAUGACCCAUUUUUAUACCGUUGUUGCUGAAAACGCGUAGUAGCUUAUUUACACCCUGCAGGCGAUUUAGAAAUCCAAUCUUCAACCUCGUCUAAGCUCACAGUACACAAGGAUAAUUUAAAUUCUAACGUUAUAGAGACGUUCAAAUAUGUUCUCAGAAGAUGUCAUUUUUUUGGAGAGAAACUUGAUCAAAUCUAGCUGUUUGACGGAGAUAUUAAACCAAUAUUAGAGGUAAUGAUGACCUUUUAGCAUCCUAACACUAGCUCGAAGUGUUGAUUGCUUUGUGUUUUUUACCGUGAUAUCUAAUUGGGUGCCGUGGAUCGUGGCAUUUCACUGGUGUACCAGGUUGUGACGUCGCUAACGGUGGCUAAUGUUAGCUGUCGAAGUUCAGCUCUGCAGUGAUCUUCUUUCAGAUCACAGCUGUACGGCUCCGCUGCUUCACCUUCAGACAAAGUUAGUCACUAGCUGCUGAGCAAAGGCCGUAUUGGAAUUGAGCUUGCUUUUUUUUUUUUUACUGCAAACAUGAUUCAGAGACCAAGACAUUCUUAUGACACUUGACAACCAGCAGAUACCCUCGAUGCCGUCAGAGGAGAGACACCGUGAACACGAAAGGGAACCAAUGAAACAAAGUGAUUCUUCCGGGUUUCUCUGUGUAGAAUUCCAGCCUUUAUGAAGGCCCAGAAUUCCUGUUUCACUAUUAAUGACAAAUUCCUAUUUUUCUGGCUAUUUACCCAUGUAUUUUUAUGGCUGUGUGUCUUGAUCACACCCCUGGUUGUAAAUUUCUAGUUUUUUUUUUAUUUGUAUCGAUGAAGAUUUGUUUUAGUUAUUUAAAGUGUGUGUUUGUGUGUGUUACGUUUUAAAUCAAAAGUCUUUUGUAUGUUAACCACCGGUUUUUGCACAUAUACCUCCUCCCAAACCUUUUUGUUUUUGUUAUCAAUGCUGUUGUUGCUCGUCAUCUCAUGUUCUAAUGUACUUUGCUGUGGGGGGGGAGGGGCACACACAAUGAGCCUAACCACUCUUGUUGAUGGAUACUAAUACUAACGGCCCUCCGGUGACAUUUUGAAGUUUGGCUUGUUGCCUGUUGGUGGUGGAUGUGUGGCGGCGUUUGACCGUGCUGGCAUGGUAGUCUGACGUGUGGCAGUUUUUUUUCCUCCUCUCGGGGACCCCCCAUUUGAUAAGAUGUCUCUUCAGGGACCUCCACCCUAAAAAGAUGUUGGUCGUUUUGAUAUGAUCAAGACCAGAAUUCCAGGAGAUAACCGUGGAGGAGGUGAAACCUAUGGAGCAGAAGUGUCAUUUUUAUGACUCACACCUCUAGUGAUAAUAGACUACUCUGCAGGAACAUCCUCAAGGUCUCCUGGUUGAUCCCAUCCCAGGGCAACAAGCGGUCUACCACGCAGAAACGUUAGGGACCAUAACUAAGUAGAAAUAAUGAGCUUUAGAAAGCGUCACAUGGUCUGACGUCUUUUGGAAGCAGAGCUCUCUGAUUUAGAGUCCUCCAAUAACAAGCCAAACCUCCUCAUGUCACAGUGCCUUUUAUUGCUCAUAACUCAAUAUUGAUACCAAAGCUUCACAUACUCACAUAGAAGCUGUGUGGCUGAAUUUAUUUGUAUUUGAUCUGUGUGGUUAAAAUGUCUGGUGUGUGUGGAUUGUAAAUGCAAUACAAUAAAUAAAAAACAUUUUUAUUACAAUG